AUGUCUUCAACAACAGCAACAACAACAACUGAAGGAAAGAAGCCAAUUAGAGUCUACGUUGAUGGUUGCUUCGAUCUGAUGCACUUUGGUCAUGCUAAUGCAUUGCGCCAAGCAAAGGAGUUGGGCGAUAUCUUGGUUGUUGGUGUGCACACCGAUGCAGAGAUCGCCAGAAACAAGGGUCCACCCGUCAUGAACGAGCAAGAGCGUUACAAGGCCGUCCGUGCCUGUAAGUGGGCCGAUGAGGUUGCCGAGGGAGCUCCAUAUACUGCCACCGUCGAGCUGCUCAAAGAGCUCAACUGUGACUUUUGUGUUCACGGAGAGGAUAUCUCUGUCGGUGCCGAUGGCAAGGAUGUCUAUGAGACAAUCAAGAACUCAGGAAUGUUCAGAUUCAUCAAGAGAACAGAGGGAGUCUCUACUACAGAGUUGGUCGGUCGUAUGCUUUUGUUGACCAAGGACCAUUUGCAGGGUGUCGAGGAGGGAAGUGCUCUCAACAAGGUCAACCCAAAGGAGUUCCACAAGGUGUCACCAUACACCAGUCUGUCUCACUUCCUUCCAACAACCAGAAAGAUCGUCCAGUUCUCAGAGGGCAAGUCACCAAAGCCCAACGACAAGAUCGUCUACAUGGAUGGAGGCUUUGACGUGUUCCACGUGGGACAUUGCGAGGCUCUGCGCCAAGCCAAGGAGCAGGGAGACUUCCUCAUCGUCGGUGUGCACGACGAUCUGGUGGUCAACGAGCAGAAGGGAUCCAACUUCCCAAUUAUGAACCUCCACGAGCGUGUUCUCAGCGUUCUCUCGUGCAGAUACGUCGAUGAAGUGAUCAUUGGUGCACCAUUCACUGUGUCAAAGGAGACCAUCGAAGCUCUGGGCAUCAAUGUCGUGUGUCACGGAGACGAUCCCGUUGUUGCCAGCGACGGAUCCGAUCCAUACAAGAUCCCCAAGCAGAUGGGCAUCUACAAGGAGGUCAAGCACACCGAGGGUUUGACCACCAGCGACAUCAUUCGCAGGAUCAUUGAGAACCGCAACCAGUUUGAAGCACGUAACAAGAAGAAGCAGCAGAAGGAGGUCGACUUUAUCUCUACCAAC